GCCACUUUUCAGCACAGUUCGUUAACAGUCCUAGUCGCGAUUCUAGGAGGUUCAACCAACUAGAUUUCAUAUAAAAGCAAUUUUUUUAAGCACGGAGUAACAGACUCAUAAAUUAAAAAAAGUGUUUGUUUUUUGCUACUGACUGUAUUUUUGCUUCCGCCGUUGCUCACUCUCAGGAUUUUAUUUCUAUAUAUAAAAAUAUUAUACUCUAUAUCUAACUUAUUGUGAAGAAUCUAAUAAAAAUUGUGAUCGAAUAAUAAUCAAACAUGAAACUAUUUAUAGUUUUACUAGCUUUCCUCAUCUCCAAAAGCAGCUCAACUCUCCAUGGAGCUGUCUCGACGCAAUUUCAACAUCUCGACCCGCACAGUCGUACCUAUUCGUACGGUUAUGCUGAUCCCAACUCGCAAAAACAGGAGAGCAGAUCUUUUGAUGGAGUUACACGUGGCUCAUAUUCCUAUGUGGAUGGUAGCGGGCAUGUACAAUCGCUCUCCUAUAUUGCUGAUCCUCAUCAUGGCUUCAAUGCUGUUGGCACGAAUCUGCCAAAAGCACCCGAACCACAACCAACUCAUUUCGCUGCAAUUCAUUCGGCUGCUGCACACUCAUACGUGCCAUAUGCCCAGCAUUAUCCGCAACACAUUCCAGUUCUGACAAAAGAUGGGGUUCCUGUGGAUACACCAGAAGUACAACAUGCACGUGCUGAACACUAUGUCGCUUAUGCUGCUGCAGCAGCAGCAGCUGCAGUACACCCAGACUCGUACGAUUCCAAUGCUCAUCAUUUAUAUAAGCGAUCACUCUAUGGUCAGCCAUGGAAUUAUGCUCAUCAAAAUGCUAUACCCCCUGUAGUACUGACUCAUGGCGGCGUCCCAGUAGACACCCCAGAUGUUCAGGCAGCGAAAGCAGAACACUUCGCUGCUCAUGCUAAAGCUUUAAGCCAUGCAACAUAUAGCAAUGCCCUUCCUGUCGAUACCCCCGAAGUUAAACAUGCUAAAGCUGCUCACUAUGCUGCACAUGCAGCUGCACGUACAACUCAUUCUACUGGUCAUACAGUUCCCGUUCAUGGCUACCAUAUUCCAGUGAUUCAUAACGGAGUGCCAGUGGAAACACCGGAAGUCCAACACGCUAAAGCUGCCCACUUUGCGGCAGUAAAUGAGGCCUCAGCACGUUCUAGCCAUGUAGGAUCAAGUUACAAUGGAAAUUAUCCCAGCGCAGAAUGGGACGGUCAACAUGGAAGUAGUUAUGCUGGUAAUUAUAACCAAGGUCCUAUUCAUAUCCCAAUCAUUCACAAUGGCGUACCGGUUGAGCCUCCAGAGGUGCAGCGCGCUCGCGCUGCUCACCUAAAUGCGGUGGCUUCUGCAAGUUAUGAUUCUCGCCACGAAACUUAUUAUGAAAAUGAAAACAAUGGUCAAUACCAUCCUCUGCAUUAUUAGGACUUAAGCAAAUAAACAAACGAAAUAAAUCCUUAGCAAACGACUUAAACCCAUAAAAUUGCGAGAUAUCGAAGCGGAAAAAAUAAACAUUAAACGAAUAUCAUCAUCUUAGGGCUUUUAAAUAUUUUUGCUUUAUAUGCUGUUUUAUAAGUAAUACUGUGUUAAAUAAACGUGAAUCGUUUUAUCAUGAAAAAUUAA